CGUAUUCCAACAUCUUCACAGGUUAUUUAGUUACUAUCAAAGUGCUCAAAGGUGUUAUAGUUCAGAAAAUUUUAUCAAUACACAUAAUAUCGGAUUUCAAACAAGAUAACCAAUCUGCAAGAGAUAAAGGAACCCCCGAAAGAAUAAGGCAGUUAAAAAUAAAUUUUCGAAUCGACGUUUAAACAUUCCAAAAAAAGACGCAUCACCAGGUAUAGACGCCCUAAUCUGAUGAGAUGAUUGCACCCUUUCAGCCUUCAAUUAGGGCGUAAUGGCUUAGAAUCCAUCUGAAAUCAGUGAAUUAGGUGGGAACUGAUAAGAAAUUGAGCAUUUUUAAUACAGAGGUCUCCAAAUGAGCGGAGUUAGCUACCAUACCACCGGUUCCGAACCGGUCGGACAAUAUAUACAACGCGAUGCAGAGUACUUCGAAGUAGAUGACGAGAUGGUGACCACCGAACGUGAGUUGGCUGAAGAUGCCCAAUGGAAGAAAAUUCAACAAAAUACGUUCACGAGAUGGGCAAACGAACAUUUGAAAACGGUCGAAAGGCAUAUUGCGAAUUUGGAAACGGAUUUGAGUGACGGACUCCGACUGAUCACGCUGAUCGAAGUACUUGCCGGUAAACGAUUGCCGAAACACAACAAAAAGCCCAUGUUCAGAUCGCAAAAACUCGAAAAUGUGUCAGUGGCUCUGAAUUUUCUACAAACCGAUGAGGGGAUACGGAUUGUUAAUAUUGAUUCCAGUGAUAUUGUAGACUGCAAAUUGAAACUAAUAUUGGGAUUGAUAUGGACUCUCAUUUUGCACUAUUCAAUUUCUCUCCCUAUGUGGGAUGGAGAGGACGAUUUAACAAAUGGUGGAUCGGAACCUACUCCCAAGCAGAGGUUGAUGAAUUGGAUCCAGAGUAAAUGUCCAGAAUUGCCAAUUAAGAACUUCACUACAGAUUGGAAUGAUGGUAAAGCUGUUGGUGCGCUGGUGGACGCUGUUGCUCCUGGCUUGUGUCCCGAUUGGCCUGAUUGGGACCCCAAAGAUUCGGUACAAAACGCAUCGGAAGCGAUGGGAUUAGCUGACGAUUGGUUGAAUGUACCUCAACUGAUAACACCUGAAGAAAUAGUGAAUCCUAAUGUAGAUGAACAAUCUAUGAUGACAUAUCUUUCUCAAUAUCCAAACGCAAAAUUGAAACAAGGAGCUCCACUGAGACCUAGAACAAGUCCAAACAAGGUCAGAGUUUAUGGACCAGGCGUAGAACCCACAGGUGUUGUGGUUGGUGCUCCUGCCACCUUCACAGUUGAAACUUUCUCAGCUGGAAGAGGCCAAGUGGAAGUUACAGUGGAAAAUCCCCUAGGACAACAAGAACCAGUAGAUAUCAAAGUGAACAACGACAGAAACUCCACUUACUACUCCGUCAUGUACACACCUCAUUAUGAGGGAGUACAUAAAGUACAGGUUAAAUUCGCCGGUAGAGACGUGCCAAAAAGUCCUUUCGCUGUUAAAGUGGAAGGACAACCUGGAGAUCCCACCAAAGUGACAGUCUCAGGUCCUGGUGUCCAACCAGAUGGGAACUUCAUCAAUCGAACGAACUACUUUGACAUACACACGAAAAAUGCCGGAAAAGGAGUUCCCGAAGUAAUCAUCCUAGAUCCAACAGGAAAAAGGAACACAGUACCAGUAAAGAUCAGACAGACUUCAGCAGAUAUGUGGCGUUGCGAAUACGCAUCUCCAAUGGUGGGUCUGCAUUCCGUAAACGUCUUCUUCGUGGGGAAACCAAUUCCAAACAGCCCCAUCGGUGUGAAGCUAUCUCCCAGCUCCGAUCCCAAAAAAGUGAAAGUUUGCGGCAGAGGUCUCCAACCGGCAGGUGUCAGAGUCAAGGACGAGGCGGACUUCAAAAUAUUCACAGAAGGCGCUGGUGAAGGUCACCCAGAAGUCCAAGUGAUCGGACCUGGGGGCGUGAAGGAGCCCUGCAAACUCAGAAAAAUAGAUGGAACCACGUACGAAGCCGUUUACCACCCCGUCAAAGAAGGACAUUACAGGGUGAUGGUCACCUUCGCUGGACAGGAGAUACCUAAGUCACCGUUCGAGGUGGAUGUCGGUCCUUACAAAGAAACGCAAAUCAGGGCAUACGGUCCUGGAUUGGUCGGUGGAGUGGUCGACUACCCGGCCCUGUUCACCGUGGAGACCAAUGGCGAAACUGGUGCUCUAGGAUUCAGUAUACAGGGACCCUCACAGGCUAGAAUUGAAUGUCACGACAAUGGUGAUGGAUCUGCGGAUGUCCGAUAUUACCCUACAGCAUUCGGAAAUUACGCCAUUCACAUAUUAUGUGAUAAUGAGGAUAUACCAAAAAGUCCUUACAUCGCUCAGAUAUUACCAUCGACAGAUUAUUAUCCUGAAAGGGUGGAGGUCUAUGGACCAGGUAUAGAAAGCAGUGGAGUGCAGAAAAACUCAACAGCCAAAAUGACAAUUGACACCAGGAAGGCAGGAAAAGCCCCUCUCGAUGUAAAAGUAGUUGAGUCCAAUUCAAACAACGUGCCAGUAGACCUAAGGGAAAUUUCAGAAGGCGUAUUCGAAGCCCAAUACACGCCGAAGACUGCCGGUAAACAUACAGUCCAAGUGAAUUACGGUGGUGUGGCCACCAAAAACUCCCCAUUCAGGGUUCACGUUGAAGAUCUCCUGGACCUCUCGAAAAUCGUAUGUUCCGGACCUGGAAUCGAACCGGGCGUGAAGGCUAACACGCCCACGCAUUUCAACAUUGACGCAAGCGAAGUUGGGGAUGCUGAAAUAAUCGCCUCUUUGGUGAAUGAAGAUACUGGACAGGAAGUGCCCUUGAAGAUGUUGAAUCAUGGGGAUAACAAGUAUAGCGUGGAAUACGUAGCGCCAAAAUCCGGAAACUACUCAGCUUCCCUAUUUUAUGGAGGACUCAAGGUGCCUAACACACCUAAAAAGAUCAAAGUACAACCCAACGUUGAUGUUUCUAAGAUAAAGGUAGACGGCCUUGAACCAACUGCACCGGUGAAUAGUUUGCAACAAUUUAGGGUAAUAACCCAAGACGCUGGUAAAGCUGAGAUUGCGAUAUCAAUCACGAGUCCCUCAGGAGCGAGAAUUAAAGCUCACGUGAUACCGACGCACGAAGGUUUCCUUGUCAACUUCACCCCCACACAAUUAGGCGAGUAUUUACUCGGGAUUUCAUUUGGUGGCGAACCAAUAUCUCACAGACCCUUCAAACUGACCUGUCUCACGGGAAGUGACUCGCAAAAAGUGAAAGCUAGCGGUUUGGGCUUGCACAAGGGGAUCGUUAACAGACCUGCAGAGUUCAUGAUCGAUACCAGGGGUGCAGGUCAGGGGGGCCUUGGUGUAACAGUUGAAGGCCCAUGUGAAGCAGCCAUCAACUGCAGAGACAACGGAGAUGGAACAUGCUCCGUGGCUUACCUACCCACAGAAGUGGGGGACUAUGGCAUAAAUAUAACUUUCAACGAUGAACACAUACCUGGUAGCCCCUUCCAAGCGUUCAUAUCUCCCCAAGUAAACAUGAACAAAAUUAAAGUAUCAGGCAACGGGAUCCAGUUGCACGGUGUCCAUACAGACUCAGUGACCGAUUUCGUGAUCGAUACAAGAGCAAUAACACGAUCAAACGAGAAUGGUAAAGUGAUGUGUACCAUAACUAACCCAUCAGGGCAGCAUACGGAAAAUUUGAUCACUGCCCUACCUGAUGGCACUUACAAAGUCAGCUACAUACCAUUCGAGGAAGGCCGUCAUACCAUCGAUAUAAUGUACGAUAAUGUUCCAAUACCAGGCUCACCAUUUGUGGUGAACGUCAGGAGAGGGUGUGACGCUAAGAAGGUCAUUGCCUAUGGACCAGGACUUGACCGUGGAAUAGUUGGAAAAACUAACACAUUCACCGUUGAAAGCAAAGGUGCUGGUAAAGGAGGAUUAUCCUUAGCGAUCGAAGGACCUUCCGAAGCUAAAAUGACGUGUGAAGAUAAUAGGGACGGUUCUUGCUUCGUAAACUACGUUCCAACUGCACCAGGAGAAUACGACAUCUCCAUCAAGUUCGCGGAUCAACAAAUUCCAGGAUCUCCUUUCAAAGUCAUGGUGGAGUCAGAAGUCGACGAGAAAUUAGUCAGAGCCUUUGGUCCAGGCGUGGAAAAAUCGUCUUGCAGAGAGGCCACAGACACCAAGUUCACAAUAGACGCUUCCAAGGCUGGAUCAGCCCCUGUCGCAGUGAACGUCACGUCCGACCACAAACCCCUACCUAGGAAACCCUUCAUAAGGGACAACAAAGAUGGAACUUUUGACGUGUCCUACGUUCCACCCCAAGAAGGGUCCAAACUGAAGGUCCAGGUGACCUACAACGGCCAAGACAUUCCAGGGAGUCCGUUCGACGUUGAAGUCAGGCCCCAGGUUGAACCCGACAGGGUCAAGUUGGAGGGUCCCAGCAUCAAUCAGAAGUCGGUGCCUGCCUCCAUCCCCACUGCCGUGAAGAUCGACACUACGGAAGCUGGUUCGGCAGACUUGAAAUUUGCAGUUACGGGACCAGAUGGAUAUCCAAGACCGGUGGAUUUGGUGGACAAUAACGACGGCACCUUCACUGCCUCGUACAUUCCAGAUGAAUGCGGGAGAUAUAGGAUCGACGCUCAAUAUGGGGGCGUUGAUGUGCCUAACACCCCUCUGUUUGUUCAGGCUUAUCCAGUAGGGGAUGCUGAGAAAUGUAAAAUUACUGAAGGUAUGGAUAGGACACUUGUUACUGGUGAAUCUUAUUGUAUAACCGUCAACACUGAGAAUGCUGGACAGGGUGCAGUCACGUGUAGAAUCAGAUCAACUAGUGGAAGUGAUCUCGACAUCAACGUCGUUGAUAAUGGCGAUGGUACUGUCAGUAUUUAUUACACGGUCAAAGAUUCCGGAGAAUAUACUAUAAAUAUCAAGUUUGGUGGUCAGCCUGUACCAGGAGGAUUCUACACAUUUACCGUUGACGAAGUGAAUGAAUUUGAGAAGAGCAACCAGUACCAGAUAACAAAACCUUCAUUUAGAACCGUCAACCUAGACAACAUACCAUUACCUUGCACAGGGGGACCAGUAACAGCCGACAUAAAGAUGCCAAGUGGAAACAUCGACAAGCCCAUAAUCGAAGACAACCAUGACGGAACCGUAACCAUCAAGUAUGAACCGAGGGAGGAGGGUCUGCACGAGCUGGCCGUCAAAUUCAACGGUGAACACGUUCAAGGAUCACCCUAUAAAAUCCACGUGGACUCCGUCAGCUCAGGCUACGUGACCGCCUAUGGCCCAGGUCUCACCCAUGGUGUUACGGGAGAACCCAGCAACUUCACGAUAUCCACGAAAGGUGCUGGUGCCGGUGGACUCUCGAUGGCUGUUGAAGGCCCCAGUAAGGCGGAGAUAAACUGCAAGGACAACAAAGACGGCACAGUGUCCGUGUCGUACCUUCCCACUGCCCCUGGAGAAUACAAGGUCUCCGUAAGAUUCGGUGAUAAGCACAUCAAAGGCUCCCCCUUCGUCGCUAAGAUAACUGGAGAGGGUAGGAAGAGGAAUCAGAUUUCGGUCGGUUCUUGCAGCGAGGUAUCACUGCCAGGAAAAAUUUCGGACGCUGACAUCAGGUCUUUGAACGCUUCCAUCCAAGCUCCAAGUGGGUUGGAGGAACCAUGCUUCCUGAAGAGGCUACCCACCGGGAACAUAGGAAUCUCGUUCACCCCCAGAGAAAUAGGCGAACACACGGUGUCCGUCAAGAAAAUGGGAUACCACAUCACGAAUUCACCCUUCAAGAUCAACGUCUGCGAACGCGAGGUGGGAGAUGCGAAGAAAGUUAUUGUUUCCGGAGCAGCCCUUCAAGAAGGGAAAACCCACGUGGAGAACACCUUCACCGUCGAUACCAGAAACGCCGGAUUUGGUGGUCUUUCACUCUCCAUCGAAGGACCAAGUAAGGCUGAGAUUCAAUGCAAGGAUAACUCAGACGGAACCCUGAACAUCUCUUACAAACCUACAGAACCUGGAUAUUACAUCAUCAACUUGAAAUUCGCCGACCACCACGUGAAUGGUUCACCUUACACUGUUAAGGUAACUGGAGAAGGUACCAACAGACAGCGUGAAAAGAUUCAAAGACAAAGGGACGCCGUUCCAGUUACAGAAGUUGGUAGUAAAUGUAGAUUAACAUUCAAGAUGCCAGGUAUAACAUCAUUCGAUCUUGGUGCCACUGUAACGUCUCCGGGUGGUGUCACAGAAGCUGCUGAAAUAAACGAGGUCCAAGACGGACUUUACGCAGUACACUUUGUACCCAAAGAGUUGGGAGUCCACACAGUUUCCGUUAAAUACAAGGACAUCCAUAUUCCAGGAUCUCCAUUCCAGUUUACAGUGGGACCAUACAGGGACCACGGUGCGCACUUGGUAAAGGCUGGAGGUCAAGGUUUGGAAAGGGGUGAACAGGGCGAACUCAACGAGUUCAACGUGUGGACCAGAGAGGCUGGAAGUGGCCAGCUGGCCAUAUCCGUCGAAGGUCCAAGCAAGGCUGAAAUCAACUUCACAGAUCGAAAAGACGGGUCUUGCGAUGUUUCGUACAAAGUUUCCGAACCUGGUGAAUACAGAAUUGGUCUGAAAUUCAACGACCAGCACGUACCCGAUUCGCCCUUCAAGGUGUACAUCUCACCGGCAGUGGGCGAUGCCCAUUUACUGGAGGUUAUCCAAUUUCCCGAAGGCCAUAUUCAAGCCGAUAAGCCGUCACAGUUUUUGGUACGAAGAAAUGGAGCGAAAGGAGAUUUGGAUGCAAAGAUCAUUGGGCCCUCCGGUCAUGAGGAUGACUGCUUCGUGCAAAUUAUAGAUAUGGAAGAAUACUCUGUCCGGUUUAUGCCCCGUGAAAAUGGCAUCCACAAAAUCCAUGCUAAAUUCAAUGGGGUACAUAUUCCGGGCAGUCCCUUCAGUGUCAAGGUUGGAAAAGACACCGCUGAUCCAGCUGCAGUGCACGCAACAGGAAAUGGUUUACAAGACGUAAAAACAGGAGUGAAAACCGAUUUUAUCAUCGACACAUGCAAUGCUGGUGUUGGUACUUUAGCUGUGAACAUUGAUGGUCCCAGCAAAGUAUCUAUGGAUUGUACAGAAGUUGAGGAAGGCUACAAAGUUCGCUACACUCCCUUGGCACCCGGUGAUUACUACAUAAGUAUAAAAUACAACAACCAUCAUAUUGUAGGAUCACCUUUCAAGGUCCUCAGCAAAGGUGAAUACAUAAAACAUAGGGAUCUUGCUGACAUAGGAGGUGUGGAAACAUCGUCUGUACUAGUAGAAACUACAUUGAAAACUGGAAAAGCUGGUGCUCAAAAAGGACCUAUUCUACCUAAGUUCAAAAGCGACGCUUCAAAGGUUGUAUCGAAGGGAAUGGGCUUGAAGAAGGCUUAUCUUGGCAAACAAAAUCAAUUUACAGUAUCAGCUCAAGACGCAGGCACCAAUAUUCUUUUUGUGGGUGUACACGGACCUAAAGGUCCUUGUGAGGAGGUAUUCAUCAAACAUCAAGGCCGCAACCAGUACAACGUGAACUACCUUGUCAGAGAGAGGGGAGAUUAUCUCAUUAUAGUCAAAUGGGGCGAUGAUCAUAUUCCUGGAUCUCCUUUCAAAGUAGAUGUAUAAAUUCUGUCCAAAUUUUAGGCUUUCAAAUCCCAUUUUGAAAAAUUUCCUUUUUAUUUUGAUGUACAUACCAAAGAUAUGAAUAUUUCUAACUCUAUAUUCCUCGCUUCAUAUAAAUAUUUCUGAUAUUUUUAUUUCUUACUGUAAAUAAUUUUUUGUUAGUGUAAGUUUUUAAUUGCUCACUCCUUGAAUAUUUCGCUGAGCAACGGUAUUCGCUUCAUAAUUAUUAUAUCGUUUCCUUAUAAUGCUUAUGCGGAGUUAGAAAUGUUUAUUUUGGUUAUUCUUCCUGUCCCAUUUCUAAUAAUGCAACAAAAGCAAUAAGGAAAAUGGGGAAGUUCCCAGUUGAUGAAUGUAGCUUGCCAUAGAUUGGUCAAUUCCAUUUACUCAAGUAUUAACUACUAUUUAUCAAGAAAAAAUUUUCCGGUCCUUGUUUUCAGUGUACUUUCUUUUCUGAUGUUUUAUUUCUCUCAACUGAAGUUAUAAAUUAUUCAAUUGUUUGUGAAAAGUUUGAACCGUUUCAUUUUAUUCCUUCGGCAAAAUUGUUUCUGACCAUUCAUUUAUGUAACUUAAUUUUUCGUUUUAAGAACCCCGUUAUAUAGGAACACCUAUUUAUAUAAUUUUUCUAAUAAAGUUGUUUUACUCUGAAA